AACAAAAAGAUCAAAUAUGUAUAUGUGAAGUGCGAUUGCAAACGGAGAAAGACUUAUGAAGUCACUAUUAUGGAUCUUCAAGAGUGAUAAUGGUGGAAAUUCUUUCAAGAUUGCCAAUCAAGCCCAUUUUCCGUUGUAAAGAGUGUUUUGUAAUUUGCAUAAUCUUUUCUACGACCCUUUAUUUGUUAAGAUGUAUCACAAGAUCGCCUUUUCCUGCAUUUUGCUUUACGUUGAUCACUCUAUCGCUUCACUUCUUGAACUCAAAGCGCGUAUUAUGAUUAUGUUUCUCGCCCCCGAAAUAGGCCCAUUAUGUUGAGCACUAAAUUUCACCUCCCUAGAGAUAGCAACUUGCCUUGGGAUGAUGAUGACCUAUUUGGUGUUAGUUUUGGUAAUGAAAACUUGAGAUUAAUUGGUUCAUGUAAUGGGUUCAUCUGUUUGUUGAAUGGUUCGAGGUAUGAUGAAAACCAUUCGGUUUACAUUAACAAUCCUCUUUUGGGUGAGUAUUUCAAGGUUAAAUUGCCCGAAUGGGAGAAAAGAGUUCGUGGUGUUGCUUAUGCAUUUUGUUUUAGUGAAGGCUCUGGACAGUAUAAAGUAUUGAGAUCAGUGAUUAGAAAGUUCCGGGGUCGUCCAGAAGUAUCAGAAUUGGAGGUUUAUACUCUUGGAGUUGAUGAGAAAUGGAGAAACGUGGGUGAGGCUCCGUACCCGUUAUGUGGAUCAUUUGGUAAUGCUAAUGUCAAUGGUGUUCUUCAUUGGCUGAAGGAUGAUGAAAAUACUAAAAUAAGUGCCAGCAUUUACUCGUUUAAUAUCGGGACAGAAGAGGUGAAGCCCCUACCAACUCCACUUGGUUUGAAAACUCCAUCCUUGGGGUUGAUGCUAGCAGAGUUUGGGAAUUCUCUGUGUUUGUCUGAUAAAGGUGAUCUAUGGUGGAUGAAAGAGUAUGGAAUAGCUGAAUCUUGGACUAAAGAUCGCAUUUUGACGGAUUCUAUUCUACUUGACAGCCGUUAUAAACGUUUUAUACCAAUCAUGACUUGGAAAGAUGGAGAAAUCUUGAUGCAGUGCAAACGUGGCACACAACUAGUUUCUUACAACCCAAAAGAGAAGAAGUUUAGAGAGGUCAAUGUUCAUGGUAGUGGGACUGCAGCGACUAGAUACAUUCCAAGUUUUUACUCACUCAAAACCGUCAUGGGGGAAAGUUUUCAAGUCUCAAAUGCUUAUCCGAAGACUGAGAUAGUUUAGAUAUUUAAUUUGUCUUACUUCAUCCAGGAUAUUAUGUUUUGCUUCAAUGUUUUUGGUAUAAUUUAGCUUAAGACCUGACAACUUUUUCUGUUUUAUGGUUGCUUUUGAGUUCUGGAAGUACAACUCUGCCUGUAUAAGCAUACCUUGUCCAUUUUAACAAUCCUAAGUUGUUUGCAUUGUAAAUUCUCCAAAGCUGCAUUUCUUUUGUUCAUUCAUUCUUUACUUGUCUGAAAAGAACAAAAUACGGAGGAACAAAGAGUUGGCCUAUCUGUCAA